CAGCAGGAACCCUAAAAACCCCUCUCAGAGUCAGAGCAAAAGGGCCACCGGAAAUAACCGCCAUGAGACCUCGAUUUACUCAUAAUGUCUAUCUGUUGGCUCGCUAUACUCAUCUCCGCCGCUUCCACCAUACUCAUCGCCGAACCUUCAGCUCUUUCCUCAACAAUAUCCGUUCAAAUAACUUCGGCGCUCGCGCCACUCCUCUCGGAGGCAGCAGCAGCGGUGGAGGCGGAACCGGAGAUUCCAAAGGCAAUGCUUUUCUGGUGCCCGGCGCAACAAUGGCUACUAUUCUUAUGCUUGGAGCUCUUCAUGCUAGACGGCUCUAUGAAGACAAGAAGAUCGAAGAGAAACGGGAAAAAGGAAUAGAACUUGAGUUCCACCAAGAUGUUAAGGCCUCGUUUCUUGGAAUUCUACCUCUGCGAUCAAUCUCAAGAGCUUGGGGCUCCUUUAUGAGUCUGGAAAUUCCGGUCUGGAUGCGUCCUCAUGCUUAUAAAGCCUGGGCUCGAGCUUUCCAUUCAAAUCUUGAAGAAGCAGCUCGGCCUCUUGAAGAAUAUGUUUCGCUACAGGAUUUUUUUGUUCGUAGCUUGAAAGAAGGUUGCAGGCCUAUCGACCCCGAUCCUUGUUGUCUGGUUAGUCCUGUGGAUGGCACCGUUCUAAGGUUUGGGGAGCUAAAAGGAAGUAGAGGGAUGAUCGAGCAAGUCAAAGGACAUUCUUACUCUGUUCCGGCUCUUCUAGGAAACAACUCUCUGCUUCCCAUGGAACCUGAAGGUAAGAAUGAGUCCGAGGAAGAAGCUGUUGGAGAUAAGAGCGACAAUUCUUGGUUGAGAGUCUCUUUGGCAUCUCCGAAGCUACGGGAGAACAUCUCAGCUAGUCCAAUGAAGGGGCUCUAUUAUUGUGUAAUAUACCUAAAACCAGGGGACUAUCAUCGAAUACACUCUCCGGUUGACUGGAAUGUAAUGGUUCGUCGACACUUUGCAGGCCGGUUGUUUCCCGUGAACGAGCGUGCUACAAGAACGAUAAGGAAUCUCUAUGUCGAAAAUGAAAGGGUUGUGCUUGAAGGGAAAUGGAAAGAAGGCUUUAUGGCACUUGCUGCCGUUGGUGCGACCAACAUUGGAUCCAUUGAGCUUUUCAUUGAACCUGAUCUAAGAACAAACAAGCCAAAGAAGAAGCUGUUUCCUACAGAGCCACCAGAGGAGCGAGUGUAUGAUCCAGAAGGUCAUGGCUUAAAGCUCGAGAAAGGGAAAGAGGUUGGUGUAUUCAACAUGGGAUCGACCGUGGUGCUUGUUUUCCAAGCACCGACUGCAAACUCACCUGAGGAUUCAAGCAGUUCUUCAGAUUACAGAUUCUGUGUCAAACAAGGAGACAGAGUCCGCGUUGGACAAGCAUUGGGAAGGUGGAAAGCAGAAUGACUAGAGUAACGUUAUGCACUAACAACAUACCACACACUGUUGGUUUUUUUGUUCUUUUAGGUUUUGCAUAUUAUGCACAAUCACGAUCUGAUCAAAUUAUAAAUCAAUUCCAAAAAGUGUUUAUGCUCCUCUCUACUUUGAGGCUACUAAUGAACAGCUUUUGUAAAUUGCCGUAGUCGGACAACCAGAUCUACUGUUUUGUAGUGUUCUGAAACUAUGAACAAAUUGGUUAUUUAAGCAUGUCAUUAACAUUUCAUUUA